AUGGCUUCCCUCAACCUCUCCAUAAACGGCCCGUCCAUCAAGAAGGAAUAUAGCUCGGUAGUGGACGCUGCUGUACCUGCUUCCGGCUCGCCUACCUUUGCAAAAUGGGCUCUAUUUGCUGUUCAGACGCCUCUUGUCAGCGUUUUUGAGUCAUCCGGAAGCAAUGAAAGCGUGCUCAAGGUAGAGAGCACUGGCGAGGGCGAACUUAGUGAGCUAUUCGAAGACUUCAGCGAGGGACGCGUUCAAUUCGGUUUCCUCAAGGUCAAGGACUCCAACUCUGGUCUGCCCAAGCAUGUCCUCAUUGCUUGGUGCGGCGGUGGCGUCCCCGAGCGAACAAAAGGCUACUUCACCAGCCACCUCAAUGCCGUUUCCAAGGUCCUCCACGGAUACCACGUCCAGAUAACCGCUCGAUCCGACGACGAUCUCGACCCCGAUGCUCUCAUGCGCAAGGUUGCCGAUGCCUCUGGCGCCAAGUAUGCCGGCGGUCCCGCCACUGGCGCUUCCCGAGCACCUCCUCCUGUCAAGUCGAAGCCCGUCUUUUCGCCAUCCAACCUGAGCGCUGGUCGCUCCGUGAACCCCCUCGUUGCUGCUCGCUCUCGCAGAGAUGACAAUGUCGAUGACGACGGCUGGGGUGCCGAUGCCCCCCCCGUGACCCGUACCCAAGUGGAAAGGGUCGAGUCGGCUUACAAGCCCACCAAGGUUGAUAUGCCUAGCCUCUCUCGCCAAAGCGAGCCCUCCCGAUACACACCUACCACCCAGCAGCAGAACAGAGAUGUUAUUGGCGGUAGCUAUCAGCCCGUCGGCAAAGUUGAUAUUGCCGCAAUUCGCGCCCAAGCUAAGGAGCAACGUGAUGACCGACCUACGGUCGUCAAAGGCGCUUAUGAGCCUGUUGGCAAGGUAGACAUUGCUUCCAUUCGCGCAAAGGCACAGAAACCAGCAUCUGAGCAGCCUGUAGAGGAGGAGGCUCCGAAGCCGCUUGCUGACCGCGCCGCUGCCUUUUCGCAGCCAACCCAAUCCGAGAGACUGACGUCAAUGCCCAAGCCCAAGGUUGCUAACAAGUUUGGCGGUGGCAGCUUCUCAGCUACCAAGGCGCCUACACCAGGUGCCCUUGGUCUCCAGGGCCCUGUUGCCAACGCAGCCUCUGCUCCCGUCACAACUACCAGUCGGACUUUUGCCAAUGAAGGCGGCAAGACCCCUGCCCAGCUUUGGGCCGAGAAGAAGGCGCGCGAGAGUGGCGGUGGCGCCGGAGUGGCAUCCCCAGUGUCCCCAGCAUCCCCUCCACCGAUCAACCAACAAAAGAGCGGCAAUGCUGAAUGGAAGAGCGGGUACGCUGGCAAGUCUUGGGCAACGGUACAGACUCCGGCUUUUGGACGCGGCGGUGCUGAGACUGUCCGUGGUAAUGACCAGGCCAUUCCUGAAGACGAGCAGCCUCGCAGCGGGCAAGACGAGCCAGCCGGAGGAGUUUCUGCCCUGCGCGAUCGCUUCAAGGGCGCCACACCUAUGGGUGGAGCACCACCUGUCCCUGGCGCCGCUCCUGGAUACAGAGACGAGCAAGAAGAGGAGGAGGCGGCCCCUCCUCCUCCCCCUCCUGGUUCUCGUCCCUCUGGUGGAUUUGCCCUGCCUGGCCUGCCCACACGCCCGCCACCUGUCGAUGACGAAGAGGAGGAAGAGCCCGAACGUGAACCGUCUCCCAUCCGCGUCGCGCAACCCGUCGCCCGUGAAGCCGAACAAGUCCGCGCUCCCGCACCCCCGCCUGCUCCCGUCCCUGUAGCUCGCGAGCCUACGCCAGAACCGGAACCGCAACCGGAACCUGAGCCUGAACCUGCGCCGGCGCCCCCUCCCGCGCCUGUAUCUCGCCAAUCUGCGCCUCCUCCUGCACCGGCUCCUGCGGCCGGCGGAGCCUCCCAGCGCGCUGUUAUCCUGUACGACUACGAAAAGGACGAGGACAAUGAGAUUAACCUGGUCGAGGGCGAGAUCGUGACAGAUAUCGACCAGGUCGAUCCCGACUGGUGGAUAGGCACCAACGUGCAUGGCGAGAACGGCCUCUUCCCCAGCAGUUACGUCGAGCUCAUCGAGGAUGACGGAGCGGCAGCUGGUGCCGCCGCCCCGCCACCCCCGAGCGCCCCUGUCCCAGCUGCCACACCCGCACCCGCGCCGGCUCCGGCUGCUCCAGCCGCGGCCGCGGCCGCUUCAUCCGGAUCUACCGCCACCGCUCUUUACGACUACGAAGCCGCCGAGGAUAAUGAAUUGUCCUUCCCGGAAGACGCCCAAAUCACAAACCUCGAGUUCCCCGACGACGACUGGUGGUUCGGCCACUACAAGGGCGACUCGGGCCUCUUCCCCGCCAACUACGUCCAGCUCAACCAGUAG